AUGUACGCGCGCCAAACGCUUAACACCCGCGGCCACCUCGUUCUCUACCGGGCUGUCCCGGAUGACAUCACCAACGACUUACGCACGCUGGCCCGUGACAGCACGACGUUGUGGAUCCAUGACACCUGGAACAACGUCGACUUCGACGACAACCGUUUCCAAGCGUUUGUCCCUGAUUCUACGGCCCGUGCUUUGACGGUCGACCUCGAGCGUCACUACCGCACGUUCUUUGAUGAAGGAUCCGCCAGCGAAUGGCACUUCUUAAAGACGGUGGCUGGGGCCGAUGACCAACUCGUUCGACGCGAGUUCGCCCCACGGAUCUCCGGUGAAGAGAGCAUGGACGUCACCUCUGUUCCGGGCUCCAUGUAUCUGGCCCUUGAAGACAACACCUUCUUCUAUGCGUUCGGCUGGAACAACCACAUCGCAAUGCUGUCAAACCGACACCUGAUUCGACUCAAGCAAGGUGACAUAGUGCUUUUUCGCGGCGAUUGCAUGUAUGCGAGAGUGGGGUACGCAGGGAACAAUGUAUGCGUCCACGGGUUCAUCGACACCCCACAGUAUGCGCGCCCCAAGUACCAACCUCCCAAUAUUGUGCCAGUAAUGGACGAUACGCGCCUUGUUGACGACUGUUUUUGCUUUGCGUUCAACUGCCCGUUCCGCGCAAGCAGUCCAAACUCGUUGCGCAAGCACCUGAACCGCUUCCACGGCUUCUACUUUAGGAGCACUGGUGGUCGCGCUGCAGCGCCAUAG